AUGAGACAUGCGGCUUGCGCAGCAGACGCUCACUCCCGCGCGCGCAGCGAUCAACGACAGAAUGUUCCAAAUAUUCACGACUGGAAAACAGCAGCAGAAGGAGCAACCCACGCAAUAAUGUCAACUUCAGACUCAGUAUUCUCACUCAAGGGUCAAAGUUUGAAAUGCGAUUCAGGUGACGCAAUCGAUCCGCACCUGAAACCCCUGAUUGCCGAUCAAGAUGUCGAAGUCGUUAUCUUUGGUGGUAAUACGUUUGGAGUUGGUGCUUGCGAACAGAUUGGAAUCGUCUUGAAAGACAAGGCGAAGCUGAAGGAGGCUGACCUGGCUGACAUUUUUACCGGGAGGUUGAUAUCUGAAAUCCCCCAAUCGUUGGGCUCUCUAUGCAACUCGCUCCUCAACCUUCAAAACCUAACGAUCGUUGAUUUGUCCGAUAACGCCUUCGGCGGCCGAUGUGUAGACGUGAUGGUGCCGUUCUUGUCGUCCCAUCUUCCCCUCGAAGAACUCCGACUCGCGAACAAUGGUUUAGGACCAGCGGGCGCUACGGUGAUUGCGGAUGCGUUGCAUCAACUUGGGGUGAAAUCACAAGAAGCUGGCCAAACCAGUCGAUUAAGAAAAAUCGUAUGUGGUCGAAAUCGGUGCGAAAAUGGCUCGACUAAAGCCUGGGGCAGGGCAUUUCAAGUUCACCCAGAGUUGAUCGAGGUUCGAUUAUUCCAAAAUGACAUCCGAAACAACGGUUGGGACCCCAUCAUGGCAGGCCUCUCUCAUUGUUCGAAGUUACAAGUCUUGGAUAUGUGGGACAAUACGGCUACCGAGAAAGGAUCGAAGGCUGUUGCCAAUGCGCUGCCCCAUCUGAGCGCCUUACGCGAAUUGAAUUUGGGUGACUGUCUUUUAAAACCACGAGGUGGCGCGAUGAUUGCAAGAGCUCUCAAGCUAGGCAACAAUCCUCAACUCGAACAUCUCAAACUUUCCGGAAGUGAAAUUGACGAAGAGGUUGUCGGUUUACUGGUCGACUACGUUAAGAAAUUCGGUUCGAAACUGAAAAAGGUCGAGUUGAAUGAUAACUACGGAGACGCAGACGCCGCCGGUGAACUGUCGGGCAUCUGGGGUGCUAUGAAAGAAGCUCUGGACGCAUGGGAGAACGGGGCUGAAUUGGAUGAACUUGAUGAAAUAAUUGAAAGGGAAUCUGAUGAUGAAGACGAAGGUUCUCAGGCGUCUGAUGAUGAUGAGGAGGAGAGCGAGGUCGCCGAAAAUUCUGUCACGGCAGAGGAGUCAGCAAACGAUCCAGUAGCAACCACAGAUGGAGAAGAAAUCGCCACGAAGCCAAGCCCGCGGCCGGAAAGUUCAUCUUCCCAGCAAAAUGUACCUCAACCUACUUCAACAUCCGUUCCUGCUACAAGUGCUGAUCAAGAUAUACAGCCAGACAUCAUCGAGAAAGUUCCGGAGAGUAAAACUGAGGAGACAGACACCACCAGUACAUCGUCCUCAUCGAAAAAAGAGAAGCCGAGCAAAGAAGACGGUCUUUAUGACUUAUUAACUCAGACAAUCGAAGCCUUGAAAUUCACCUGA